GGGCUUCCAAAGUUAUGAGGAGUUGAGAGCAGGGUUCCAACUCUAUAUUUUAGUCUUUUAACUUUCUCACUCUCCAUUUCUUCCUCUCUAGGGUUUCUACUACCACUCUCUCAGAUUCGAAUAUGAGCCGACACCCUGAAGUGAAGUGGGCUGAAAGGGAGGACAAGAUCUAUCUCACAGUGCUUCUGGCAGAUGCGAAAGACCCUAAGGUCAAUGUUGACCCUGAUGGUACAUUUACAUUUUCAGCCGCUGCUGGGACUGACAGUAACCUCUAUGAACUCAAGCUGGAGCUACUUGAUAAGAUCAAUGCAGAGGAGUGCAAGAUAAACAUAGGUGUGCGCAGCAUUGUCUGUGUAUUGGAGAAAGCUGAGAAGAAAUGGUGGACAAAGUUGUUGCGUGGAAAUGAGAAGACACCUCACUACGUGAAAGUAGAUUGGGAUAAAUGGGUAGAUGAAGAUGAUGAUGCUGGUGCACCGUCGGACUUAGAUUUAGGUGGAAUGGAUUUCUCAAAAUUUGGUGAUAUGGGUGGCAUGGGAGGAAUGAGCGGCAUGGGUGGAAUGGGCGGCAUGGAUAUGAGCGCCUUGGCUGGAAUGGGUGGCAUGGGCGGAAUGGGUGGCUUCGGAGAUGGUGCUAUGGGAAAUGACUUCGAAGACAGUGACGACGAAGAGGUGAAGAAACCAGAGGGGGAGGUUGUUCAUAAGGCAGAACCAGAAUCAUCGAAGGAUAAAGCAGAGCCCUUGCCGAGCUCAUGAAUGAGGAUGUGAUACAGACUGCGUACGUUUUCAGCUUUGGUUUUCAACUUUUAACAUUCUGCUUUGGUUUUCAACUUUUAUAUAAUGAUUUGUUGAGUAGGGGUGCUUUCUGUGAGUGAUGGCUUCUUUGCCUGAAUUUUUAUAGUACUGAACCAAUUUACUUUAUUGUACUCUCUGGGCAUAGAAAUAUUUCCAUCCAAUCUGUGUUGUAUUCUUAAGCCAAUUUAAUGACUAUAUUACAAAAUGGAUGAGAAAGCAUAUCAUGGUUA